UUUUUUUUUUUUUGACGGACACAAUUGUAUUAAAGUUAUAACAAACCAUAACAAUAUUUACUUUUAUCUUGUCAUUUUCUCAAAUUGCUAAAGUUCAUUCAGCUAAUUAUAGUACUAUUUUUAAAACAGAUUGCUUAUUUUUUUAUCAAUAUAAUUAUAGCAAAUCCAAAAAGUACCCAUAUCUGAUGACUAUGAUGAUAUGGUGACUCUUGUUGUAUCUCGAUUAUUAUUGUUUCUGUGAAAAUAAGCUUGAAAUGAGGGCCAAUUCUUGAAAUUUGUGACUAAAUAGUUCAUACAGUAGUUGUUACCAAUUGUAUUAGACAACUAUUUAUAAAUUCACUUUGUUUUCAGGAAGAGUUAUUCAGUAUUGGUCUUUCCGUUCUCCAAAACUAGAUAUAUUGAUCGUAGAGGAAGGGAGCAGCCAAAUAGGCAUAUGGCAAGGUCUAAGGUGUCGCAACUCGCCUGCUCGACACUAGCAGUAGUGGUACUGCUAGUGUUGUGCAUGACGGUCGUAGGAGCAACUGCAUCAGAACACAAAAAUGAUGAAAUGAUAGGGUAUGGAUACGAGGUUAAGUAUGCAAAGGUUGAUGAUACUGCUGGAAAAUCAUUGAGUGCUUUGUUGCAGCUUAUCAGAAGUUCCUCUGUUUAUGGCCCUGAUGUUAAGUUACUUGGCCUCACUGCUAGCUUAGAGGAGGAUGACACCUUGAGGAUCCGAAUCACUGACGCAAACAACCAUAGAUGGGAGAUCCCCAACGACGUCCUCCCACGUCCCCCUCCAAUAUCUCCACCACCAUUUUCCACCCUUCAACACCAAAACCAAUCCAACAUAACAGUCCUCUCCCACCCUCACUCAGACCUUACCUUCACUCUUUCCCACUUCCCCUUCGGCUUUUCAAUCUCCCGUAAAUCCAACCACGACAUCCUCUUCGACACCACUCCUAUCCAAUCCAAUCCCAACACCUACUUCGUCUUCAAGGAUCAGUACCUCCAACUCUCCUCCUCCCUCCCAGCCCAACAGGCUCACCUCUAUGGUCUAGGGGAGCACUCUAAGCAUGACUUUCAGCUGGCUCAUAGCCAGACCCUCACUCUCUGGAAUGCUGACAUUGCUAGCUUCAAUAGGGACCUUAACUUGUAUGGGUCUCACCCAUUUUAUAUGGAUGUUCGGUCUUCACCGGCAGUAGGUUCCACUCAUGGAGUGUUCCUGAUGAAUAGCAAUGGAAUGGAUGUUGAGUACACUGGUGAUAGAAUCACUUACAAGGUGAUUGGAGGUAUUAUUGACCUUUAUGUCUUUGCUGGACCAACACCAGCCGCGGUUGUGGAUCAGUACACUAAACUCAUCGGCCGUCCAGCUCCAAUGCCUUAUUGGGCUUUCGGUUUUCACCAAUGCCGGUGGGGUUAUCAUGAUGUAAACGAGAUCAAUUCCGUGGUUGAUAAGUAUGCAGAAGCUAAGAUCCCUUUGGAUGUAAUGUGGACUGAUAUUGAUUACAUGGACGCCUUUAAAGAUUUUACGCUAGAUCCUGUAAACUUUCCUCAGGGCAAGAUGCAGCAAUUUGUUAGUAAACUCCACAAGAACGGCCAAAGAUAUGUUCCAAUCUUGGAUCCUGGGAUCAAUACAAAUAAGUCAUACGGAACUCUCAUCAGAGGGAUGCAAGCUGAUGUCUUCAUCAAGCGCGAUGGUAAGCCUUACCUAGGUACUGUUUGGCCAGGACCAGUUUACUUCCCUGAUUUUCUGAAUCCUGCUGCAAAAAAUUUCUGGAUUGAUGAGAUUAAGAGGUUUCGAGAUAUUAUUCCCUUCGAUGGCAUCUGGAUUGACAUGAAUGAAGCGUCGAAUUUUAUAACUUCUGCACCAACCCCUGGGUCUUCCCUUGAUGAUCCACCAUAUAAGAUCAAUAAUUCUGGAGGUCGUGUACCCAUUAUAAGCAAGACUAUUCCAGCAACAGCUAUGCAUUAUGGUAAUGUUACGGACUAUAAUGUUCAUAACCUCUAUGGUUUUCUUGAAUCUCAAGCCACUCGUGAAGCACUCGUUAGAACCAGCAAGGAAAGGCCAUUUUUACUUUCGAGGUCAACGUUUGCUGGCUCUGGGAAGUAUACUGCACACUGGACUGGAGAUAAUGCUGCGAGAUGGGAUGAUUUGCGGUAUUCAAUUCCAACUAUGUUGAGCUUUGGACUAUUUGGGAUGCCAAUGAUUGGAGCAGAUAUAUGUGGUUUUGCUGAAAAUACAACAGAAGAGCUUUGUCGUCGAUGGAUACAGCUGGGAGCCUUCUAUCCCUUUUCGAGGGAUCAUUCAACUCGUGAUUCUUCUUAUCAGGAGCUCUAUAGAUGGGAAUCAGUUGCCACUACAGCAAGGAAAGUAUUGGGACUCCGCUACCAGCUCCUCCCCUACUUCUACACAUUGAUGUAUGAGGCCAACUUGAGAGGCACCCCAAUCGCGCGACCUCUGUUCUUUACCUUUCCAGAGGACGUCGCAACUUAUGGAAUUAGCUCACAGUUCCUCAUCGGAAGAGGAAUCAUGGUUUCGCCUGUUCUAGAACCUGGAGCAGUAUCUGUUAAUGCAUAUUUCCCAAGAGGAAACUGGUUCAAUCUUUUCAACUACACUUCUUCAGUGAGUGUAUCAUCAGGAAGCAAUAUUAAUCUCAGUGCACCUCCUAACGAUAUCAAUGUUCAUAUCCAUGAAGGUAAUAUUGUGGCUAUGCAAGGAGAAGCCAUGACAACUCAAGCUGCACGGAGCACACCGUUCCAUCUCCUGGUAGUUAUGAGCGAUCAUGCAGCCAGCACCGGGGACCUUUUCUUAGAUGACGGGGUUGAAUUGAAUAUGGGAGGCGAGAGUGAAAGAUGGAGCUUGGUGAGCUUUUUAGCAGAAUCAGGGACAAACAAUGGCACAAUCUCAUCCCAUGUUGUGCAUAGUGGAUAUGCAAUGAGCCAGAGAUUGGUCUUGGAUAAAAUAACCAUUCUAGGUCUCAAAAGAAGAGUUAAGGUAAAGGAAUACACAGUACAGAUGGGUGCUGGAGUAUCAAAGAAAAACAAGGGGUUACGACUAAGAUCGAGUUCCGACAAUCAGGGGGGUUUUGUUGUCUCGGAAAUUUCUGAUCUGAGGAUGCCCAUAGGACAAGACUUCAGAUUGGAGUUAGAGUAUGAAGGAACAAAAGGAUAUAGGAAACCUACUUAGGUUCACUGCAUGUUUAAAUAAAAUAGAAUACCAUGCAUUAUGAAUUUGUGAUCACUGAUCAGCAAUGAUAUCAAUAACUCAAAUUUAGCUGAAGAUACAAUCUACUAGUCAUUAAUUUGGCAAA